AUGGGCCAUUUUGACCCAAAACUCCCAAAUCCCACACCCACCAAUCACAGCCCUCCCAACUUUCCCUCGAGCCUUCACUGUCUACCUCUCUUUCCAGGAGCCUCCACAGCCGUUCGAUCACCAUCAGGAGCAGGGAGUUCGAUGAUCGGAGGGCGGGGAGGAGUAGUGGGUGGGUGGAGAUGGGGGCUGUGGGCCGUUGAUCUGGUGGGGUUGCUGGUGGUGGCGGUGAUGGUGGAAGAGACAGUGGAGCUGAAGCUAAGCCACCAUCUCCAUGGGGUUGUGGAGAGAGUGAAUGAGAGAAAUGGGCCUUUUGUUGGGCUUUUAAUGACUUAUCCCACUGAAGAAAUUGCUCUUCAAGUCUUUUGUUUCUUUGUUCCUAGCUCUGAUUUUCCUUUGGUUCAACUUGCUGGUAUAACUGUGCAACUUCUUAUUGACACAUUUGAUGUUGUGGGAAUCGUUCAUUAUGGGAUUGCUGGAAGCACUAAUGAUUCCUUGCUCAUUGGUGAUGUUAGUGUCCCCAAAUAUGUUGCCCAAACAAGUUCCUGGAAAUGGAAGAAAUUCAAAUCAAAGAAAGUAGCAUUACUCGAAUUGAAAUUUGGGGACUACAACUUACCGAUCAAGGGAGAAAACCUUUUGGCAGAAAUAGAGUUUACGCAGGUGCAGUUAUACUCCACCGGUCGGCCAAUGCAAGAGCUCUUCUGGCUUGAAACCGAUCCAAAAUGGUUCAACCUGGCCACUCAACUUCAAAGACAUUGUAUAUCGGAAAAACCAAAAGUUGCAUACGGAUUGAGAGGUUCUUCUGCAGAUAUAUUCGUCGAUAAUGCAGCAUACAAUGAAUUCCUUUUCAAGACCUUAAACAUCUCGACUGUGGAUGAGGAGAGUGCUGCUGUUGUAAUGGUAAAACAAGUGUUAUAUUUGGGAAAUAGCAGAAUAGUGUUGCAUGGGAUGCAGAAGCUGGAAACAGGGUCUCUGGAAUUGUUGAAGAAAGGAGUAGAAUAUUCAAGGACUGUGAUGGCGAUUCUUGGACCUGCUGACCUUGUCGAUGAUGUAACAGGCGGACUGAAGCUUUUGUAA